AUGUCUACUACAAAAAUUGAAAAAAAACCAAUUAGUUUUUCAAAUAUUCUUUUAGGUGCUGGUUUGAAUAUGUCUGAAGUUACAACUUUAGGUCAACCAUUAGAAGUUAUUAAAACUACAAUGGCAGCAAAUAGAAAUUUAACAAUGGCUCAAGCUGCAAAAUUAGUUUGGAGUAGAGGUGGUAUACUUGGAUUUUAUCAAGGUUUAAUACCAUGGGCAUGGAUUGAAGCAAGUACAAAGGGGGCAGUAUUAUUAUUUGUAAGUGCUGAAGGUGAAUAUAGAUUAAAAAGUUUAGGAGCUUCACCAUUUAUAAGUGGUAUGGGAGGUGGUGUAUUAGGUGGUUUAGCUCAAGCAUAUUUAACUAUGGGAUUUUGUACAUGUAUGAAAACUGUUGAAAUUACAAGAGCAAAACAAGCUAAAACUACUGGUGUACCACAACAAACAAGUUUUCAAGUAUUUCAAGAAAUUUGGAAAAAAGAAGGUUUAAAAGGUAUAAAUAAAGGUGUUAAUGCAGUUGCAAUAAGACAAAUGACAAAUUGGGGUUCAAGAUUUGGUUUUUCAAGAUUAGCAGAAGAUGCUAUUAGAAAAUUUUCUGGAAAAGGAGAAAAUCAAAAAUUAUCAAAUUUAGAUAAAAUUUUUGCUUCUGUAAUUGGUGGAGGAUUAAGUGCAUGGAAUCAACCAAUUGAAGUUAUUAGAGUUGAAAUGCAAAGUAAAACUAAUGAUCCAAAUAGACCAAAAAAUUUAAGUGUUUGGGGUGCUUUUAAAUAUAUUUAUAAAAAUAAUGGUAUUAAAGGUUUAUAUAGAGGUGUUACUCCAAGAAUUGGUUUAGGAGUUUGGCAAACUGUAUUUAUGGUUGCUUUUGGUGAUAUUUUUAAAAAAAUGUUAAAUACUGAAGGUACAGGACAUUAA